AUGACUCCUUUCUGCAUGCAGUUCUAUUUUAGUGGCUUAAUCUUCUGGAUGAUACAGAAAUCAAGCUUCUUCAUGCUGCCCAAUACUACUGACCUUCUUUACCCCUCCAGCAGCCCUGAUACCAGACACAUUUCUAUCCAUGGAGUAUCAAAGAUUCGCAGGAAGCGUUAUAUUUUUUCCAGGGAAAUGAGUACCCUUUUGGGCUACCACAAUCAAGUGCGGGCACAGGUUUAUCCUCCAGCUGCCAACAUGGAAUAUAUGGUAUGGGAUGAGAGGCUAGCCAGAUCUGCAGAAGCAUGGGCAAAACGGUGCCUAUGGGAACAUGGACCUCCACAAUUGAUGACAUUGAUUGGGCAAAACCUUGCCAUACACUCUGGCAGGUACUUUUCAGUGAUGGACCUAGUAAAAUCUUGGUAUUAUGAGAAGCAACACUACAUAUUUCCUUAUCCCCAUGAAUGCAAGCCUAGAUGUCCUUCCAAAUGUAAUGGUUCUGUUUGCAGUCACUAUACUCAGAUGGUGUGGGCUUCCAGCAACAGAAUUGGCUGUGCUGUCCACACUUGUACCAACAUAAAUGUGUGGGGCAAUAUAUGGCGGCAAGCAGUCUACUUAGUGUGCAAUUAUGCCAUCAAGGGCAAUUGGAUAGGAGAAGCACCUUACAAAAUGGGAAAACCUUGUUCAGCCUGCCCACCUAGUUAUGGAGGCACCUGCAGCAACAACAUGUGUUAUUUGGGAUUUAAAUCCAACAGAAUUGGUUGGUUCUGA